AUGUCUGAGAAUAUUGGUUCAGGGACAGGGUCUUCGCUUCUUAGUAUUCCUAGACCUACACCUGCUGUUUCUAGGAGGAAAAAUGCAAUUGGAAAUAGAAGUGAUAUAGGAUGGAAACAUGGGAUUGAUGUUCAAGGAAAUGGUAAAAGAGUGAAGUGUAAUUAUUGUUCAAAGACUAUAAGCAGAGGAAUUUAUAGAUUCAAGCAUCAUCUUGCCAGUACUAAAGAGGAUUCAGAGCCUUGUGCUUCAGUACCUAAAGAUGUUAAGACUGUGAUGUUGAAAGUCUAUGUGGAGGCUAAAGAAGCAUCAUUGAAGAAGAAAAGAUUCGGUGAUGAUGAGGAUUAUCCUGAACAAACAGAAAAGGAGAAGGACAAUUCUCAACAAAAGGGGAAAGAUAUUCGCAUCUUUGUCACAAAAGGAAAAGGGGAUCAAAAUCCCGAGUUUUUAAAGUUUUUUGAGAUGGUUGGGAGAUAUGGAAUUGGCUACAAACCCCUUUCUUACCAUGAGUUAAGAGAAACCCAAUUAAAGAAAGCAGUGAACAAUGUUGAUGAAAUGCUUACCGAGUUUAAGGCAGAGUGGAAGAGAACUGGUUGUUCAAUUAUGUCGAAUGAAUGGACUGAUAAAAAAAGGCGUAGUAUUUGUAAUUUCUUGGUGAACAGCCCUAAAAGAACAGUUUUCCUUUAUUCAUUGGACACUUUUGACAUCUCAAAAAUAACAGAUAAAGUUGUCAAAAUGCUAGAAGAUGCUGUAGAAUUUGUUGGUGAAGAUAAUGUAGUCCAAAUUGUUACAGAUAAUGCUGCUAAUUAUAAGGCUGCUGGAGAAAAAAUGAUGGAGACUAGCAAAAGUUUGUACUAG